GAACUCAGUUUGGCGGCAACUCUGGAGUGGUGGUCUCUGUUAAGCCUCACCUUGUAUUGUACGUCGAUGUUGUAACAACUUAACUAUUUUCCAUUAAGUUUUGAUCGUUUAUAAACGGUUUGAUAGAAUUUAAGUCAUGACUAAUAAAAAGAAUUUAAAAGGGACUAAAGUUAAAAAUGGAGAAGAACUGAAUCUCAGCAAUGAAUCUGAAGAACAGACCGCGAGCAUCUCCCUUAAAAUUGAGGACGGUGAUUGUGAGAGAGUUUACAUCAUCAUGACAGAUGAGAACACUGAAGAAGUCGAACAAGUUUAUCAAAGUGGAGAAGAAGAAGAAGUCCUUGUUAACAAGAGUGAGGCCAGUAAUUCUGAAGAGGUAGAAAAUGAACAAAAUGAAGAAGAAGAGGUGAAAGAUAGGCCAGUCAAACGGAGGAGAGGCCGUCCCAGGUCUACCAAGGAUCCUAAAGCAAGAGAAUUUUGCUGUGAGCAUUGUGGCAAGACUUUCAAGCAGCUCAAUGUCUUCCGUGUUCAUACAAGAAUUCACACAGGAGAGCGGCCCUAUCAGUGUGAGCUCUGUGGCAUGAGCUUUAACCAGAUUGGUACUCUAAAGGAUCAUCAGAAGAUUCACACUGGAGAAAAACCGCAUCCCUGCCCUCACUGCCCAUCAAGGUUCACCAAUAAGACCAGACUGACACGUCACAUCCGAACUCACACAGGAGAAAGACCCUACAAGUGUGACUUUUGUCAGAUGGACUUUGCUACACAGAGUGUACUGGUCAAGCAUCGUCGUGUACACACGGGAGAAAAACCAUUCAGUUGUGAUGAAUGCGGGAUGUCCUUUACACAGCGAUCCACACUCGUCAAUCACAAGAAGGUGCACACUGGGAAGCGAAGGCGUUAUCCUCAGAGACUCCUCUACUUUCUCUGUAAGCCCUGCUCACGCUACUACCCAACAGUGGAGAAGCUGCACUCCCAUGUCUGCCUUCCAACUGGGCAGACACCAGAAGGCCAACAUGGAUGUGAUUCUUGUCCAAAGAAAUUUUCUAGUUCCAAAGCUGUCAAGAAACAUCAGGCUGAAUCGCAUGGGCCUGAUGCUGACACUGAACAGGUUUGCGUAGUCUGCAAGGAAGUCUGCGCUACUCUCGACGAGUUGGUCGAACACGUUCAGACCCAUGGCAAGCCGAAGGCACCUGAAUCUGCCCAACAAGAACCUAAUGUCGUCACCACUUUCGAGUGUUCGGAUUGCGGAAAGUGCUGCAACACAAAAGCCCAGCUACUCAUCCAUCAACGGAUUCACACUGGAGAGCGGCCGUUUAUCUGCCCGCACUGCUCCAAGUCUUUCCGUUACAGACAAAAUCUUAAAGAACAUCUCAAUAGUCAUCAAGGUAGUAGACCCUACGCCUGCGAUCAAUGUGAUAAACGUUUUGCUUUUUCGGCUAAUUUGUCGACUCAUAAACUGACUCAUGGAGAAUCCAAAGGUCGUUGCCGUUUCUGCAACAAGAGUUUCCGGAGCACUGUACGCUUGCAAGCCCAUGAAGCUGAACAUCUUGCCGAGGCCGAUGAAACUACUGCUAUUCCGACUGAAGAAGUGGAAAGCUACCUGGUGAUUUCUAUGGAAAACUAAAGUAUCUGACGCUUGAAAAAUAAAUGGAUAUACUUGUAAAAAAAAAAAAAAAUCACAAAACAAACAAACAAAUUGCGACAAUUUAAA